AUGCUAUACCUAGGUGUCGUAACGCGAUUCGAUCUUCAGACGUACCCCCUGAUCCCCACACAAUACACCAUCAACAUCUACGACGUGUCCGACUAUGCCGCGAUCCUGCGCGCCGCGGUAGACGUGCAGGAGGCCAUGGAGACGGACCCCAAGAUCGGCCUUUUCGUCAACGUCCGCUCCACCUAUGUUGCCGUCGGGCUUCUGUACGCCGAUAUCCCCUCCGAGCGACCUAAGGCGUUCGACUCGUUCUUCAACCUGAAGAGUUUGAUCAAGGCCGCCGUGCCGACGACGAAUGGCACGAUAUACUCGUUGGUGACCGCGAUCUCGUAUACUAGUCCUUCAGCCAGACGCACACAAUCAUCAGUCACUACUCGCUUCUCGCCCGAAUUAUAUAUCAAGGCGCACGAGCACUAUCUUCAAGCCGCGAAGAACUUCGUUGGUGAACUGUUCUACAUCAUCCAGCCCCUGUCGACCGGCGCGGUGAAGGAAGGAAGAAAAAGGGGAGGCAAUGUUCUCGGGCUGGAGGAGAUACCUCAGACAUGGUGGAUUAUCUCCGGCGUUUGGACCGACUGCUCGCAAGACUCCCUCGCCGUCGCAGCCGUCGACUCCUUCCGGCAGCACAUCUCCUCGAUCGCGGCGGAACAGAACGAGCUGCUCGACUACGUGUUCCUGAACGACGGCAGCCCGACGCAGACAGUACUAGACAGCUACGGCGCCGCGAACGUGCAGAAAAUGAAGGAAGCGGCGGCGAAGUACGACCCCGAGGGCGUAUUUCAGAAGCUGCAGAAUGACGGGGCGCUGCUGAGGAAAAUCUGA